CAUGUGGAUGGCUGAGCCCUGCCGCUUCGCCAGUCAGCUUGCGGCUGUGACAGAACACGGCCGUAGACUCUCUCUGACGACGACCUGCUGACCGCGGCAUCAUGGCACCCGACGCGCUCGACCUCACUGACGACCAGCGCUUCUCUCUGAUGAAGCUGCGGCGUAACAUUGCGGACGUCAGACAACCACAUCACGAUGACCAUUACCUGCUAAGGUGGCUCAGAGCGCGAGAUUUCGAUGCUGAUGCUGCGGAGAAAAUGCUGCGAGAUUCGCUGCAAUGGAGGCAACGCUGGGACGCGGAUAACAUUCAGUCGUGGGAGCCACCGGAGGUGCUGAAAAAAUACUACCCGUCAGGCAUAUCGGGUUUCGACAAGGACGGAGCUCCAGUGGUUGUAGUUCCAUUUGCUGGCCUCGACAUAUGGGGAAUGCUGCACUCAGUCUCAAAGAGUGACUUUAUUCGUAACACUAUAAAAUACAUUGAAACGUUUAGUGGGAUAGCACGGAAGCAAGCAGCUGUACAUGGCCAAGUAGCAUCCCAAGUGACUGUUGUAUUUGACAUGGAUAAUUUUAACUUGCGCCAGUAUGCUUGGAGACCAGCGGGAGAAGUUGUGAUUGCACUUAUUCAGAUGUAUGAAGCAAAUUACCCAGAAAUAUUGAAAAUUUGUUAUAUCAUCAAUGCACCAAAGGUUUUUGCAAUUGCUUUCUCAGUUGUAAAAAAUUUUCUGAAGGAGUACACAUUAAGUAAAAUACAGAUUAUAAAAAAUGAUCCAGUUAAGUGGAAGGCUGCAAUACUCAGUACAAUACCAGCAGAUCAGCUACCAGCAUAUUAUGGAGGAACUCUAACAGAUCCUGAUGGUGAUCCAAAAUGUCCAUCCAAAAUCAAUCAAGGAGGUAAAAUCCCAAAAUCAUACUAUUAUAAAAACAGUGAAAAACUUGCAGAAAAUGAAAAUUACACUUCUGCUGUAAUAAAGAAGGGAGACAAAUUAAAACUUCCAUUUGUUGUUGCACAAGACGGUUCUUUCCUGAAGUGGGGAUUCAGAACUGAGAAUCAUGACAUCAGAUUUGGAAUCAUUCGUACAAAUGAAGAAGGCAUUGAGUCUGAAGCAAUUCCCAUACGAAAAGUCAACAGCCAUCUAUCAGAAGAAAUGGGAGUCAUAACAUGUUCUGCACCAGCAACAUACACGAUAAUCUUCGAUAACAGCUACAGUUACCUAAGGAGCAAGAAGAUCAGUUACUCUGUUGGUGUUGAACCUCCAGUAGAAACAAAAGAAGAGACACUCACUGAAGAAUGAAACUCAUGGCAACCUCAGUGAACACAACAAACUGUCUUUGAAGUCAUGACAACAAUCCUUCAAUAACCAUCAGCAUUGUAUUUUUCAACAAUGUAUAAAUUGUAUAUAUAAACCAUUAAAUAUUUUAUUUAAACAAA